GGCUUAAGUAGUCGUCUAUUGGGGUCACUACUUAUCGCCGGCCUUUUGCGUUACAAAUUUACUAUCAGUUUUUAAUCCAAAUUUAACUGUUAUUCAGAAACAAUAAGUGACAUUGCUUUCACGUUUCUGUGCAAGUUUUAAAAACACUUUCUUAAAUACUUCGAUCUAAUUUUUGAGGUAUGGAGUGGGAAGGGCCGGCCAAGCAAGGCUUGUACGACCCUCAGAACGAGCACGAAGCCUGCGGUGUUGGUUUUGUUGUUGCCAUCGACGGAAAACGAACUCAUAAAAUCAUUCGCGAUGCAGAGGUGCUCGCCAAGCGUAUGGAGCACCGCGGAGCGUGUGCUUGCGACAACGACACCGGCGAUGGCGCUGGAGUUCUAACCGCCAUCCCGCACCAGUUUUACUGCGCUCAGCUAAGAGACUCUCAUCAAAUUGAAUUACCUCCUUUUGGCAAGUAUGCCACCGGAAUAUUCUUCCUGGAUAAACUUCACCAUCAGGAUAUAGAAGCCAAGUUCCAGGAGCUGGCUGUUAGUCUUGGCCUUAAGAUUCUCUGUUGGAGGACGGUGCCUACUAAAAACUCGAGCAUUGGUCAAGUGGCUCGUAAUUCAGAGCCCUAUAUGCGCCAGGUGUUCGUAACUGGCGAUUUAGACGACGACAGCAAACUCUCCCGUCAGAUUUUCGUGCUCCGCAAACGCGCUUCGCACGAACUGGUGGUACCUGGGGCAAGGUUCUACAUCUGCAGUCUCUCGCUGAAGACCAUCGUGUAUAAGGGCCUGUUGACUUCUAACCAAUUAUGGGAAUAUUUCAAAGACCUCACCAACCCGGCGUUCACGACAUAUCUGGCGCUGGUGCAUACGAGAUUCUCAACGAACACGUUCCCGAGCUGGGAGAGGGCACAUCCCUUGAGGGUACUGGCGCACAAUGGCGAGAUAAAUACGUUGCGAGGUAACGUGAACCUGAUGAAGGCUCGGGAGGGAGUGAUGAAGAGCGACAUCAUCGGUGAAGAUUUAAAGAAGCUGUACCCGGUGGUGGAGCCGAACCUCUCAGACUCAGGGUCUGCGGAUUGCGUUCUGGAAUUCCUCGUGCAGUGCGGAGAGCGCACGCUGCCCGAGGCCGUGAUGACGAUGGUGCCGGAGGCCUGGCACAAGGACGUCACGAUGCUGCCCGAGAAGCGGGACUACUACAUGUGGGCCGCCUGCGCCAUGGAGCCCUGGGACGGACCGGCGCUGAUCUCCUUCACUGAUGGUCGAUACAUCGGAGCAAUCCUGGAUCGCAAUGGCCUGCGUCCGUCUCGCUUCUACGUGACCAGCGAGAACGUGCUGGUGAUGGCCUCAGAGGUCGGAGUCUACGAUGUGGAGCCCGCCAAAGUUAUACAUAAGAGCCGACUGAAGCCCGGACGUAUGUUGUUAGUGGACACAGAAGAAAAGAGGAUUAUCCAGGAUGUUGAGAUUAAGUCCAAGAUAGCCAAGAGUCGACCACACUCUGAGUGGCUCAAGGAGCAGAUAACAAUGGAAGACAUCCACAAGUCUGUAUCAUCCCUGAACGGAUCAGUAAACGGGCGCGGGGACGCGAUAUCCGGUCUUUCCGACAAGCGGCUCGGUCUGUUUGGAUACACCAUCGAGAGUAUUAACAUGCUGUUACUGCCGAUGAUACAGAACAAAAAGGAAGCGCUGGGCAGCAUGGGCAACGACGCACCGCUCGCUUGUCUGUCGAAGUUCCAGCCGCUGCCUUACGAAUAUUUCAAGCAGCUGUUCGCUCAGGUCACCAACCCGCCUAUAGAUCCAUUCAGAGAGAAGAUCGUAAUGUCUUUGAUGUGCCCGAUCGGGCCGACUGCCAACAUUCUGCAGCCGAGCGCGCAGUUCGUGCACCGACUGUUCCUGCCGCAACCCAUCCUGUCCAUACCGGAUCUCAACGCGCUUAAGAUGACGAACCAUCGCGGCUGGAAGACAAAGGUGAUAGACUGCACGUUCCCGUGCAGCGAGGGUCCGGGCGGCCUGGAGCGGGCGCUAGGCCGCGUGUCGAGCGAGGCGCACGACGCGGCUCUGAGCGGCUACCAGCUGAUCGUGCUGUCGGAGCGAGCCGCGGGCCCGGAGCGCGUGCCUGUGGGAGCACUGCUGGCCACCGGCGCGGUGCAUCAUCACCUGAUCGAGACCCGCCAGCGCAUGAAAGUGGGCGUCAUCGUGGAGACAGCGGAGGCCAGGGAGGUGCACCACAUGUGUGUGUUGCUAGGUUAUGGUGCAGACGCGAUAUGUCCAUACCUGGCGUUCGAGUUGGCGUUUUCCCUUCGCAACGACAACAUUCUGGACCCCGAGCUGACCGAUGACAACAUCUACUCCGCCUACCAGCAGGCCAUCGAGACCGGCCUGGCCAAGGUGAUGGCUAAGAUGGGCAUCAGCACACUGCAGUCGUACAAGAGCGCGCAGAUCUUCGAGGCAGUUGGGUUGAGCGAGGAAGUGGUCGACAAGUGCUUUAGAGGGACACAGUCUAGAAUCGGUGGUGUGACGUUUGAAAUCCUAUCAAAGGAAAUAUUCGACCGACACACACUUACCUACAGUGACUGUAGAGACAUGCUGGUAUUGCGCAACCCUGGCAACUACCACUGGCGCGCCGGUGGAGAGAAGCACAUUAACGACCCAAUGUCCAUCGCUAACCUACAGGAAGCAGCCACCAAUAAAAGUUCAACAGCCUAUGACCGUUUCAGAGAGAGUACGCUCGAGUCGGUGCGCUCAUGCACGCUGCGAGGUCAGCUCGAGCUGGUGAAACUGGAUGAACCCAUCGCGCUGACCGACGUGGAGCCGGCGUCCGAGAUCGUCAAGAGAUUCGCAACAGGAGCGAUGUCGUUCGGUUCUAUAUCACUGGAGGCGCACACGACGUUGGCCAUCGCCAUGAACCGUGUGGGGGGCAAGUCCAACACGGGAGAGGGGGGCGAGAACGCCGACAGAUACUUAGGACAGGACCCGCAGCACAACAAGCGGUCGGCAAUCAAGCAGGUAGCGUCGGGCCGCUUCGGCGUGACGGCGUCGUACCUGGCGCACGCCGACGACCUGCAGAUCAAGAUGGCGCAAGGGGCCAAGCCGGGGGAGGGAGGCGAACUGCCUGGUUACAAAGUGACAGAAGAUAUCGCGAAAACCCGGUGCUCUGUCCCCGGCGUGGGGCUUAUCUCUCCGCCACCUCACCACGACAUCUACUCCAUUGAGGAUCUGGCUGAGCUCAUCUAUGACUUGAAGUGUGCCAACCCUAGGGCCAGGAUAUCUGUCAAGCUCGUGUCUGAAGUUGGCGUGGGUGUUGUGGCCUCGGGUGUUGCUAAGGGUAAGGCUGAGCACAUCGUGAUAUCGGGUCACGAUGGCGGCACGGGCGCCAGCUCCUGGACGGGCAUCAAGAGUGCCGGCCUGCCCUGGGAGCUGGGCGUGGCCGAGACGCACCAGGUGCUGGUGUUGAACGACCUACGUUCCAGGGUGAUCCUGCAGGCGGACGGACAGAUCCGGACCGGGUUUGACGUGAUGGUGGCAGCUCUGCUCGGUGCUGACGAGUUCGGCUUCAGUACUGCACCACUCAUUGCACUUGGUUGCACGAUGAUGCGUAAAUGUCACUUGAACACGUGUCCCGUCGGAAUUGCUACACAGGACCCCGUACUACGCAAGAAAUUCGCCGGCAAACCCGAGCACGUCAUCAACUAUCUGUUCAUGUUGGCUGAAGAGGUCCGUGAGCACAUGGCGUCAGUGGGCGUACGCAGUUUCCAAGAGCUGAUCGGUCGGACGGACCUACUGAAGGUCCGAGAGGACAACGAUAACCAUAAAGCGAGAUCUCUCAACCUGAGCCCCAUACUGAAGAACGCGCUACACAUGCGGCCGGGGGUCAAUAUCAUAGGUGGUUCUAAAUCACAGGACUUCCAACUGGAGAAACGUCUGGACAACCAGCUGAUAGAACAAUGCAGGGGCGUGAUAGAAGGCGGCGAUAGUUCUGUGCAGGUUAACAUGAAGAUUACAAACGAGGACAGAGCGUUUGCAUCCACACUCUCCUACCACAUUGCACUCAAAUACGGCGAGGCAGGUUUGCCCAGUGGCAAGAGUAUCUCGAUUUCUCUAAACGGGUCUGGUGGACAGAGCUUCUGCGCGUUUCUGUGCAGCGGAGUCGAUGUCACCCUGGAAGGAGAUGCCAACGAUUACGUCGGUAAAGGUCUGUGCGGUGGAAAGGUGAUUAUCUACCCCCCGAAAUGUUCACCGUUCGAGUCUCACCUCAACGUAAUCGUCGGCAACGUGUGUCUAUACGGAGCGACAUCUGGACGUGCUUACUUCAGGGGUAUCGCGUCGGAGCGGUUCUGCGUACGCAACUCCGGGUGCGUGGCCGUGGUGGAAGGUGUCGGCGACCACGGCUGCGAGUACAUGACGGGCGGGACCGUACUGGUGCUGGGACUCACCGGCAGGAACUUCGCGGCGGGCAUGAGCGGUGGUAUCGCGUACGUGUAUGACGUGGACGGCUCGUUCAGCGGCAAGUGCAACCAGGAAAUGGUGGAGCUGCUGCCCUUGGAGAAGAAAGACGACCUCGAUCAAGUACAGCAGUUGUUGCAGGAAUUUGAUCAGUACACUGGGUCGGUAAUCGCCAAAGAGUUAUUGGAGAGCUGGCCGGAACCAGCUAAAAAAUUCGUGAAAGUUUUCCCAUUUGAAUACCAGAGGGCGUUGAAACAAAUGGCUUUGAAACAAACUGCUGCACCGAAACAGGAAACUAACGGGAAAGUAGAUGAGAAUGGAGUUGUCGACAUUGAAGAAGCCGUUAGAGAUAUUGAAAAGGAUAAGAAGAAUUUAGAGAAGAUUAUUGACAAGACUCGUGGCUUCAUAAAAUAUCCCCGAGAGACGCUGAUGUACCGGCCGGCCGAGAAGCGCAUGCGAGACUGGGACGAGAUCUACAACUUCGCGCACGUGCGGCGCGGGCUGCGGGUCCAGGCCGCGCGCUGCAUGGACUGCGGCGUGCCCUUCUGUCAGACGUCGCACGGCUGUCCGCUGGGGAACCUGAUCCCCAAGUGGAACGACCUCAUCUACCGCGCCGACUGGAAGCAGGCGCUUGCUCAUUUGCUGCAGACUAACAACUUCCCGGAGUUCACGGGUCGCGUGUGUCCCGCGCCGUGCGAGGGUGCGUGCGUGCUCGGUAUCUCGGAGCCGCCCGUCACCAUUAAGAACAUCGAGUGCGCCAUCAUCGACCACGCCUUCAACAGCGGCUGGAUGCAACCUGACAUUCCGACAAACCGCAACGGCAAGACAGUUGCGGUCGUGGGUUCCGGCCCAGCGGGUCUCGCGUGUGCUCAUCAACUUAACAAGGCCGGAUACUUGGUGACGGUAUUCGAGCGCAAUGACCGAGUGGGCGGCCUGCUGCAGUACGGCAUCCCCACCAUGAAGCUGGGCAAGGACGUGGUCAACCGCCGGGUGCAGCUGCUGGCUGAAGAGGGGAUCUCUUUCAAGUGCAACGUGGACGUCGGCAAAGAUAUCUCCGCCGCCGACCUGGCCAAUGAAUACAACGCGCUAGUGUUGUGCAUGGGCGCCACGUGGCCGCGGGACCUGCCGCUCAAGGGGCGCCAGCUGAGCGGCAUCCACUUCGCGAUGGAGUUCCUGGAGGGAUGGCAGAAGAAGCAGGCGGGCGCCGGGGCUCUGGCGCACCACACCAAGACGCCGCACAUCUCCGCCAAGGACAAGAACGUGCUCGUCAUCGGCGGCGGCGACACGGGAUGUGACUGCAUCGCCACGUCGCUGCGGCAGGGCGCUCGCUCUAUCACCACGUUCGAGAUACUCCCGGAGCCGAAGACGACGCGGGGACAGGACAACCCGUGGCCGCAGUGGCCCAGAGUGUUCAGGGUCGACUAUGGUCACGAAGAAGUGAAAGUGAAAUUCGGUAACGAUCCGCGAAAAUUCUCGACGCUGACGAAAGAAUUCUUGGACGACGGCGAAGGCAAUGUGUGUGGAGUGUCAGCGGUGGAGGUGGAGUGGACCCGCGGCGCAGGCGGCCGCUGGGAGAUGAAGGAGCUGGAGGGGACCAGCAGGGUGUACAAGUGUGAGCUGGUGUUGCUGGCCAUGGGCUUCCUGGGCCCGGAGCGAUACGUCGCCAACCAGCUUGAACUGCCCUUGGAUGCGCGAAGCAACGUCGAGACAGCGAAGAGCGACAUCUACAAGACCCCGGCCAAAAACGUGUUCGCGGCAGGAGAUUGUCGCCGCGGGCAGUCACUCGUGGUGUGGGCCAUCUCGGAAGGUCGGCAGGCUGCGCGCUCCGUCGACAUCUACCUGUCGGGCAAGUCCGCUCUGCCCGGGCCCGGCGGCGUCAUCUACGCGGACUGAACUCUCCCCACCAACGAUACGAGAUCCAUUCAUCAAACCACCACUAGCUGAGGCUUGUCAUUAUAUUUGUUUACAUUUCAUCAUACCGAGAGGACAUUUUUCAUAUCCUGCGAAUUCUACGUUACAUUUUGUAGAACUGAGUUUAUUCACUGAAACGGAUUGAAUUGACCAUAAGCUAAGAGUGAGCAGACUGUAAAACACUUUGUUUAUAAUAACGCUAUUCGCUCAAGGCCGGCUUCGCAUACAACGAACGACUGCGAAAGAAAGUUGUCACGCGUAAGAGAAAGAGUAGGAGUGGCGAAGCGAGUGAAAGAGAAGGUUAGCUGGAAUACAGUCGCCGUCGUUCUUUGUCUGUGGACAAGGCCUAAUAAUCCUAUUAAAGAUAUCGGACUGAUAUGUCUCUUUCUGACAAGUUAAUAGGAAGUAUGAUGGAAAGGGACAAAAUAGUUUGUUUAAAUAGUUUUAUGAUUAAGUCGUUUAACGUAGCGUUGUGUUUGUUUCAACAAAUCAUGUUUAACAAUUAUAAGAUAUAUAUAUUUCAUAAUAUCAGAAAUCAUUUUAGAGUAUAUAUAUCAUUUAUUAUUGUCAUCUAACUAUUAGCGAACAUGUGAAUACUAAAUAAUAUUAAUAUCUGAAUAUUAUUUUAGUAAAUGUCUAUGAAUAAUGUUGCUAUGGUUAUUAUUAUACUACUGUGAGUGUUUAUUUUAAUAUAAGUUGGAUACAUUGUACCUACUGUCUUGAAAGGUUAAAUUCGAUUACAUUAAUUGUAUUUCGAAAUUAUGAUUAUUUCAUCAAAAAUUAUUUUAAAAUCUUAACAAAUUACAUUUUUGAAAUGUCAUUUUCGUAUAUUUUUACCUGAAGAACACUAGAAUAUUUUUGGUGUGCACAUUUAUCCAUGGAAUCGUACUUACAUGCAACGGUUCGAGUAGCAACUGCCACCAUGUAAUACCAUUAUAUAUUAUAUUAAACCAACCAUACAGAUUGUGGUGAACUACGGAUUGGCUUAACUUUAUAUAGCUUUUUAUGACUCUUUGACACUUCCAUUUACAAAACUACAAAAUUAUGUCUUUUAAUGUUUAAACAGAUCUCAAAUUGUAACAUAUUACCAAAUCUGGUCUGGCUCGUCCAACUAUAUUUUGAAAUGAAGAGUUAUUGUUGUUAUUAAGCACAAACUGUUUUUUUUUUAAUGAAAAUAAGGGACGAGACGAGCAGGACGUUCAGCUGAUGGUAAUUGAUACGCCAUGCCCAUUACAAUGCAGUGCCGCUCAGGAUUCUUGAAAAACCCAAAAACUCUGAGCGGCACUACAAUAGCGCUCGUCACCUUGAGACAUAAGAUAUUAAGUCUCAUUUGCCCAGUAAUUUCACUAGCUACGGCGCCCUUCUGACCGAAACACAGUAAUGUUUACACAUUACUGCUUCACGGCAGAAAUAGGCGCUGUUGUAGUACCCAUAAUCUAGCCGGCAUCCUGUGUAAAAGAUGAUGGUUGAGUACUUGAUUAGGAUGUUGUGUGAAGUAUUAGGAGUUAUACUGUCUCUUUUGUGGGCAUAUGAUACUUUUCGUAUCUUUGGGAUAAUAUCCAAGUCCGUGGUGUGCUCAAAUGUAUUUGUAAAAAAAAUCUAAUUGACUUAAGCGGAACCUUGUUACUUUCCAAACUUUAUCAUUUAAAUUAAGAGUAAUCAGUCAUCACUUUCUACUUACUACUACUAAUACAGAAUGGGACAGUGAUAAGAAAUCACUGUUCCAUUCUGUAUUAGAUUGUCUCACUCAUACCAGCGUCUAAACCCUGUGUAAGUGGGCAAUAAUGUUUGGGGUGCCAACUAACGAACCAGUUCAUGUCACUAAGUUCCCAUUACCAAUGUGUCCAAAGAGUGUUUCUUUCGACAAAGGAAUUGCCAAACUAGGCUUAUAUAUUAAUUUAUGUGUAUUUAUUUAUAUAUGAUAAUAACAAUACAUACAUUCCGCUUGUAGAAGUUGAUGUGAAAUAUUGGAAACUAUAAAUUAUGAUCUCCACAGUGUCAUAUGAGUUGUUUGUAAUGUAAUAAGAAAUUAUUUUAUUAUCAAAGAUUACUCGCACAUGCAGUAUUUAUAGAUGUAGUAACGUAUAUUUGACGCUCUUACAGAGAUUUGAUCGUUAAAAAGUGUAUCAUUCUCGUAAUUAUGUGUGAUUGUUAGUUAUUCUUUUUUAUAUAUUAAAUUAUUAAGUGUAAAUGAACUAAAUGAAUAUUUAAAAAUACAAUGUAUUUUUCAUAUUACUGAGUUGUAAAAUUUUACAUUAAAGCACGAAAAAAAAAUUUUCAAAAAACACAAAUCUUGGUAGGUUAUUAAAAAAAAAUAGAAUUAAGUUUUUUUUUUAAUUUUAAGCAAACAAUUCAACAAAUUUAUAAAUAUUGAUAUACAUAUUCAAAAUAUUGAUUAUAAUAUAUUCUAACUGUGAUUUAUUUAUUUACAGUUACAGUGAGUUUUUGAUUGUUUUAGGUAUUAGAUGUUUUGCUAAUAGUUCCUAGAGUAUGGUCUCUUUGUUAUUUGUAAUUAAGUUUGUGUUUUAUAUAAAUAUGUUUUAUUUCUCCACUAUAAUUGAUGCAUAGUACUGUAUGUAGAUGUCGUUAUCAUUAUAAUUCAAUUAAGUUUAAAAAAUAUUCAAUCGCCUGAUUGUUUUCUUGGUUCCAUUUCGCCUUUCAUACGUUUGUUUUUCUAUAUAAAUUACAAUACUUUUUUAAUUAUCGUCUAAAGAGACUAUAGUUCAUUACCUGCAGUGCUAAUUAAAAAUUUUAGUCAGUAUUCCGGAAGGCUCAUCAUUACAUCAUCCGUGAUGAAGUGAGUUAAGGAGAAUUUGUGUAUAUGAAAGUGUCCAUCAAAAUACAUUAAAUUAGGGUGGCGCCAAAAUAUAUUUUUUUUAACUUCGCAUACUUCAAUUCGUUUACAAUUGCUACAUUCACCAUACCCUGUGCCUACACCAGCGCUAUUGUGGAAGCUUUUUAAACUAUAAUUUACAGCAUAAGCUGGACACUUAACUUUUCUCCCAUAUGAGAUGAUUCUCCUUGCCUCUACCCUUCAUACCACUGAGUUAUAAAACCUCUGAUCACGUAUUUAUUACGUAUUGAGACAUCAACCACAAUAUGGUCCCUAAUUUAUGAUUCCUAUUAAUUAUAUGCUUGUCGUAUUGUCUUAAGGUGUUUGAGUUUAUGUGUCAUUUGGAUAUAUAGGUCGUGUUAGUCGUAAGAGUAAAAGGAGUACUUUUACUCUCACUUUUUAUGUAGAGUUAUUUUUAUUGCACAAUAGUUGCCUGCUUACUUUCUUUGAUAUAAUAUUUUAAAAAUUAAUAACUAUAGGUCACAAAAUAAUAAUUUUUUGCGACUGUCGAACUAAUUGGAACUCGAAUAGUUUCGCUCCAUAGUAAUUUUAUAUACAUUUUUUUUGUAUAUUCUACAUUUGUCUAAACGAAGAGGUUCUUAUUAAUUUUCUAUUAAACCUUUUUUUUUUAAUAAAUGUUAUUCAUGUGAUAACUGCUCUACGAAGAACAUUUUAUAAGAUUGUCAAAUGGCUGUCACUUGUGUCUUAUAGUUUUUAAUUGAUUUAUUUAAUUUGCUUUGUUAGAUAAAUAUAUUCCUUUAAAAUCCAUUUCACUUUUUAUUUUAUUAUCGGGUCGUAGAUUGAAAUCAUGUUAUAUUGCUGUAAAGUUCCCAAUUUGUUUUAUCACUGUUUGUUAUGGAUGUAAAGACGAUCAAAGUAUUUCUUUUUUAAAUUCAAUGUACAAAGGCCCAACGCAACUUUCAACACUGAAGCGGUGGACGAGUUUGAGUCUUAACACUGGGAGCAUAAGAUCUAUUUAACCUUGUACAGCGCGACAUCUCUUUGUUCGCGGUCUUCUUACUCGGUUGGGUAUAACCCAAGGCUAAAAAUAUACCUUAGGCUAAUAGAGCAUUAUUACCAACAUCCUCUCGUUUAUUUUUUAUUUUGCUUAAAUUUUGUAGAUUUAGUAAAAUUCUGAUACAAAUAGCGUUUUAAACGAAAUAAUAACACUGUGAACUGCUUGUUCUUGUGUUGUAUAAAUAGCUUUUGAAAGCUAAGAACGACGCGCUCGCAACAGUGUAUCAAUCUAUUUAUAAAAUAUUUGUUCAAUAGGGCACUAUUAUUAGUUUUAAAUUAUUCACUGUAAGAAAGUACGUAAUUUCAGAUCCAUAUUUCAAGCAAGUUAUAAUUAUUGGUUCUUAAUAUAAGUUUUUCGAGCUAUUUAAGUGUUAUUUCUAUCAAAAAAAUAUGUUUAACUUCAUGCGUUCGAUAGGAUUUUACUGGAUUAUUUUUAAAUAAAACUACAGAUUAAUACUGAAUGUAUCCCAAUCUGUAAAUCUUUUCGUGUAAGUUACUGUUUCUGGAGACUUAAAUAUAAAUGAACAUGAUAAUUAUUGACAAUAAUGAGUGUCUAUGUAGAACAUAUUAUAUGGAUUUAGCUUUUAAAAAUAUAUUAUUUAAUCAAA